UGUGGUUGCACACUGCGUCUGCGCCCAACGACAAAAAGCACUAAGAGCGAAGAUAUGAACAUAACAAGUUGUUCAUGUAGUGCGAUUACUUGGCUAUUCGACGUAGAGGGCAAUCUCAUCCAUAUCGUUCCGUUUCAGUUGUAGGAGUUUGAUUGACUGAAAGUAAAUGCAGCUGGGGCAACGACAUAUCUAUGAGAGGACCUCCAUGGCUAAAAGAGGGCAUUCGGAUUAGCUUUGUUAGCCUUGCAAACCGGGUCGUGAGGCUGUACUUCUAAACUUGCAGCAGGGUUUUCGGACGAUCGUAAGCACGAACAGGAUGACUGUGAUUGAGAUGGAAACCACGACUGGCAGGAACGGUGAGAAGGACGAUUCUCCACAGAAAGUCCUGCAGUCGACGCCUUCCACGAUGCCCGUAGCCUGUCCUGAUCCAACUGCAGCCGAGACCACGGAUUCCCGAAGCGCGCCGAAAAAACAAGCGAAGUGCGGCUGGAGUCGCCGUCGUGCUGCACGGCAGCAAGUGGUGUAUAACUUGCGGAACAAGCCGGCAGCGGUAAUUCGCCGAGACCUUCAGAUGCUCGAGAAGAUUGAGUUGCUGUACGAUAUGGACACGAGUAAUAAUAGUGCCUUUGGCUUAGUCAAGCUGAGCAAAAUUGAGCUUGACAAACCGCUUUUCCCAGUCCCUUGCAUGGAGAUGUCGGACGAAGAAAGGGAAGAGGUGCUGAGGGCGAUCGGAAGUAGCGAUUGGUCGGAGCAAAAAUCGGAUGAGCAUGGGUAUGGAGGAAGCCGGAACCUCGUGGAACAAAACUUGAACCUCCUAAGUCCCGCAGGAUUGCUCGAGGAGGACCUAGAGCAGCCGGCGAUACAGUUUCUUGGGGAUAGAUCGUAUAAACUGGCGUUGAGUAUGGAAAUCGCAACGAAAAAGCCAAAACGAGAACGCAUUUUCCGAAGGAAUCACUACCUGGGUCUCCGUAGCCUGUUGAUGCUAACGAACUUCGAAAAAGGUAGUGCUCCUUCCCGCUCGCGCAUGACGCUCUUGAGCUUGGCAAUCAUCCACCAACGCGACGCGGCGGCAGCAGCACUUCUGCACGCGGGGGCUUUGCCACUCAUCUUUCCGAUUUGUAAAGAGGACGAAGAAGACCUGGAAGACACCCUGGCACUCCUGAUCAAAUUUGAGCCUGCCUACCUUGUUUGGGUACUAAGACAUGUCUUCUGGCUAGCGUGUCAGGAUGAUGAAUACCGGUGUGUUGAGGACGAUCUUCGCAAAAACGACACGAGGAAUCAUGAUACUGAUAGAAGGGAACAACACUUCGACGAAUGCGAGCCACCGAACGCGCCGAGUAAUUCGAGGCUGCGAAGUCGUGCUCGUGCAAUGGAUGAUCUGAGGUGUCCCUACGAAGACUGCAAACGCCCUUUUUCGGAGUAUGCCUUUUGGGACACCUUUCGCAAAGGGUACGAACAUUGUACGAGCGCCCACGAAAAGCGUAAUCCAGUUUUGCGAUGCCCCGUCUGUUGUCGUGACACUGAAAGAAUACACCUAAAGGCUUUAGGAUUGGCGCAACGCUUCGACACCGCCGCAGGAGGCAGCAGGCCUUUUAUCAGCAAAGCUCUGAACGAGAACGGACAGAACUUCUACGAGCUCGGCAGAUUAACAUCGAGCGACGGAACGUCUGAACAAGAAGACGAGGAGAAGCAGUGGGACGACUGGCGUAAAGCGGUGGCUUGGUACGUCCAUGAUCAUUGCAGCUGGGACGGUGACAUUCACAUUCAGGGACAGCAGACCGAUACAAUCCAAAGCUUCAGCCUGAUGCCGUCUUCACCGGCAGUGAUUGGUACUAUAGCAGAUCGCUCUUGUGCACGUUUCCUGGCCUUGCCAGGCGCUCUGAGUCUGACUGUCGCUGAUAAGCUUGAGAUAAAAACGGGGAGGGCAAAAAAUGGUAAUGCAGAUGAGGAAGAAACGAAAGCACCCAAGCAAGGCAAGGCUAAGAGUAAGAACGCCGACAAGAUGAAGAAAACUGGAAAGCCAACACAAUUUUGCGGACUGCCUUUGCACGAAAUCAAGCGACUUUUUCUAGGCUCUUCACGGAAGCAGCGCUUAGCGGAGCUUGUAAAGGCCCUAAAGACCGGCGACAUUCUUCGUUUAGCAUGUGUGGUUGAGGCUGGUGUGGACCUGAGUCUCUCCACUGUAGAUAGCUACGCAAACCAUUCGGCGCUCUACCUCGCGCUCAGGCGGGUCUUAGCAGAGGAACCUGAUGUGGAAUCAGCAGAUGACCCAACCGCGAAAGCGCACCACUUGCGAUGGUGUGAGCGCCAGACAUUUUUUCGAAGUAGCUUUCUUUUUGUGCUGCGUUUCUGUGGUCUGGCGGAGAUUGGACGGCUUGAAAACAAGCUACAACAUAGUACAGAAGACCCUUCGCGUCCUCAACAACGUGGGAAGGCGAAGAAGCAGCACAAUCAGGACCAGUCACGCAGCAAUAGUUGGGCGAGUAGGAUUUGCGAAUCAAAAGUGCACUGUAUUGCAGCUUGUCUUUCGGCCAUGAGACGCGGACAGACGGGAGGAACCUCGGCUCGGCAUCUCAUACACAGUUAAGUCUCAUUAAAGCAUCUACAACAUCAACAUCAAGACGACAACUCGAUCUCCAAUAUAGCUCGUUGUAUUUCUAACACUCCCUUGACAUUGACUUGCUUUUUAAACUUGCUUUCCAACAGUUGCUCUGACUCUUAUGGUCUUAACUAAGUGAUGUGUACGUUUACCUUUGUCCCUAGUCAAGAAAUCGACGGAGCAUUUAUAAGUACCACACUCUAAUACUCGCUCCAUCAUCAAUCUGUUCCGGAAGACGAGGAAAACGCACUGGAAAAGGACUGCGACACUGGAUCACUGGAUCGCAUACUCCGGAAGGCUCGUGGAGAUGGAAGUAUUUCGAUUUGGGACGCUGCUAAAUUCGCAACAGCUCCUAGCAGUGAAGUGCCAGACGCCACGUGCCUAGUCGUUGUGGUCCCUAGCUGUGAAGAUUUUCGGCGACUGCAAUCGAGCUUAGUCACAUCUGAUAGUACAGAAAAGGAUAUGAUUGGACGAUCAGUUUCAAGUUCAACGCUUGCGCAUACACCGGAUGAGCGAGAGGACACGUAUGAGCAUGGGACCGCUAAAGCUCAGCAUGAGGUGAUACCAAUUGUCACAGGCUACGAAACCCACACGACGGCUCGAGUUUGCAUUCUCACAAAUCUACAACUACUGAAGCCACGAGCACAAGAAGUCGAUGGUGGCGAGGUGAGUUGCAGGGUCCUGCUACCGCUCGAGGUUCGAAACCUACCCGGCCGUCCGUCUUGGGAGAAGAAAAGAGACUCCCUACGACUAAAGCAGAGCCACAUACAGUGUGAGGAUUUUCCUCGUUCAUAUAGCACGCUGGAGAACGGAGCUUUCGUGGUCGAUGAUGCGUUCUCAGCCUCGUUUUUGGCCUUUCUCCGUUGUAUUUUUUGGCAGUUGCCAUGGAUGACGGACGAUGAUCUUACUGAAGAUUUCGUUUUUUCGCAAGAACAACCAAAGCAAAAGAGUGUAGUUGCGCGGCAGCCAAGUAAAAAAGCACUUACUGAUGUGGAAGGGGAACGAGAUGAGGCACCAAACAGUACUAGUUCUAGUGAGAGCAAAAACCUCAGUUCAUCAAGCAAAUCACCAGAACCGACAAGGACGAAGGCGGAAGACGUAUCUUUUACCCCAUCAACAGCAACUCCAUCAACAAGUUCAUCAUCAAGAGAUAGAGACGCUAGUACUCCGUCAACCCCAAGAGCGUCACCCUCUUCUCUGUCAUCCACAAAGAACACGACUGAGACUGUGGCUAGAUCUUCUACUACAUCAACAUCAAUGCCUGCUGUAGCAACUACAUCUCCGAAGAUGAUGAACAAGCCAUCAGAUGAGAGCAAGGGCGUUCUGUUUGCGAAAACCGCGUGUAAUCGACGCAAGUACUUUGCCGAUCCUGGGGGAUACGUCCGCGAGGCCCUGCGUGCGGCUAUUUUUGCUGCGGCGCCGACGCUUCUCCAGAAAGAAGGCGCCAUCGAAAAUUUGCUAACGGAAGCGGAACACCAAGAUGUUGUCCAAGAUGAGCGUACAACAGAGCAGCGCUUGCGAUAUCGACGCUGUCAGGAAAACCUGGCAAUACCGGAACAAAACGGAUUUUUGUCUGGUCAGGGCACUGCGACUUCAAACUCUAGAACUAGUAUCAGAUCGAAUGAUAUUACUGCCGCAAAAUCAAAAGAGACGGAAAAAGGAAAUUUUUGCCUUCGAGACGUCGUCUUUUAUCCGGACAUGCGGUUUCUGUACUAUGACAAACCAAGCAGCGCCGUGCCUCCACACACAGAUCUUUGCAGGACAGAUGAUGAAGGCCGGACAAGCACGCACACAUUCAUCCUGUACCUCAACGAAACUGGUGGCAAUGUGGCUACGGAAGCCGAGGGUACUAGAAAAUCACCAAUAUCAAAGUGUCUACUUGUUCUUGUAGUUGUAUGCAUUAUGAAUAAUAGCGAUCAUGUGAAAAAGAGUCCUUUAUUAUACUGGUCCACGACAUGGACAUCGACAUGAUGAGCACGAGCAGCGCACUAUAGAUAUUUAUAUAUAAAUAUUUAUAUAUAUAAUAGAUUCUCGGUAUUCUGGAAGUUCUAGAAGUAUAUAAGAAGGAUAAGGAUGCGCGUUCCAUGACUUCAUCGGCUCCUCCUCCUCUAGUUGUAUCACGUCAGAUGUUGAUAAGCAAUUCAUGUAUUUCACGAACACACAGGUGAAAACGGAUCGGACGAAACCCUUCUCAGUACAGACCAGCAGACCUCUGCAACUCCAACUGCACCACUCUCUCAGUUAGCGACUGUUAUAGACAAAACUACAGCUGCCCAUAAGUCAGGUUCUGGUGACGACGAGUCCUCCUCAUCUGUUUGUGGAGGCGAUACCUCGCUAUUAAACGCCCUUCCUGGUCCGAAAAAUGACUACACGGUCGAGAUCACGCACAAGGUCUCUCCGCUUCCUGGCAGACUCUUUCUAUUCCCCCAUUCGUGUCCGCAUCAGGCCGAUCCGGUACUCAAGCCUCCUAAGUUGCUGUUGCGCGGCGAAGUGAAGCUCUGCUUUGCGAGUACAGAAGACAAUCAGUGAUGGCCACACCAAAAACAGAUACAGUUACAGAUAGGGACAACAAGAACGGGGUCCGUCACGCUGUUCCUGUGUGUUGGAGGUGCGGGCUACUUCCCGGUCCUCUGAGCCCUCACGGCAGCACCUCUUGUCCAUGGACGACCCAUUGGCAUCCGAUAUUAGCCCCAGACCCUCUUACCUCUCCAAUUACACUGGGUAGUGUUUAAUACCCCUCAAUUCUCUAGUCCUAAUACUUCUUGCUACUUUUAUUUCACAGGACGAAGCUCCUCAUGCCUUUGCGC